AUGGCUCCUCCUCCACCGCCACCGCCGCCAGCGGCGCCAGUAAAUGGCGCUCCUUUCAGUUCCGAUCGCUCCUCCUCGGAGGACAUUUUGCUUCAUGGCGACCUCGACCUAUGGAUCUUCCAGGCUCGUAGCCUCCCCAAUAUGGACAUGUUCUCUGUGCGCCUGCACCAGUGCAUCCCAUCUUGCUGUGUGAGCGGCCAGCAGGAGGAGGUGGCCGCCUCCGCCCCUGCUUCCUCCCCCUCCCAGAUUCAUCAAAGCUUCCGGUACCGCAGGAUCACCAGUGAUCCUUACGUUACUGUCCGCCUUGCGGGCGCCACAGUUGCCCGUACAGCUGUGAUAAGUAAUGCCGAAUUUCCGGUCUGGAACGAGCACUUCGUCUUCCCAGUGGCCCAUCCUACGUCCUUCGUUGAGUUUCUGGUCAAGGAAAAUGAUAUCUUCGGCGCAGAGAAUAUCGGGACCGUGAAAAUCCCAGCCAGCCGGGUAGUCUCAGGGGAUCUCAUUCGGGAUUGGUUCCCCAUCAUUGGGUCAUCUGGAAAGCCGCCAAAACCAGAUUCGGCGCUCCUCAUCUCGUUGCAGUACAAGCCCUUGGAGCUCAACGCAUCAUACAAAUAUGGCAUAGCAGGCGAUGCUCAUAAGUCGGGUGUCCAGGGAACGUACUUCCCCGUAAGGAAAGGAGGGCUGGUGACACUUUACCAGGACGCGCAUGUGAAUAAUGGUGACCUUCCGGAAAUCAAAUUGGAGGGUGGGAAGGCAUUCGAUCAUGCGAAGUGCUGGGAGGAUAUCUGCCAAGCGAUACUGGAGGCUCGCCACCUUAUUUAUAUCGUGGGUUGGUCAGUCUACGACAAGGUUAGGCUGGUGAGAGAGCCCACAAGAUCGUUCCCAGAAGCUGCGAGGCUGACUUUGGGAGAGGUGCUCAAGCAUAAGUCCCAGGAAGGUGUGAGGGUGUGCCUGCUAAUUUGGGAUGAUAGGACGUCUCGAGACAAUUUGAUUCUCAAAACGGUAUAUGAUCGAUCUAUAAACAUGUUUGACGCAGAUUAUGAGUCCUCUGAGAUCGAUGGUCACCAAAUUUUAGAUUACGCCUGUGAGCCGGUUGUCUGGCUGGCUUGCUUGAUUCAGUAGUUUUGUUGUGGUUCCUUUUUGUCUCCUUGCUUAACACGUUGGCAACGAGUAAUUAUGAAAGAAAUUAGUAUCGGGUCUUUUUUUCUGAAGACAAAUCACCUUUCUUGUGUAAUUGUGCCUAAUGAAAUUGUUAUUUUCUCCAGUAGUGUGUGGUUUCUCGUUCAUUUUUCUCUAACAUUUUUAAUAAAAUUCGUCAAUCAUUCUUUCUUAAAGUAUAUGAUGUCAACAUUAAAAUUUAAUGAUUGUCACAGGAAGGAGUAAUGCAAACUCAUGAUGAGGAAACACGGAGAUUUUUCAAGCACUCUUCUGUUAUUUGUUUGCUGUCACCUCGUGAUGCCAGCAGUAAACUCAGCCUUUUCAGGCAACAGGUUAAGCCGGGCUUUUGUUUUUGUUAAAGAAAGCUCUCAUUUUAUUACGUAUCAAACUUUCUACGGGUAAAAAGUCUGUCAGAACAUCCUCCAACUGGAGUCUCCAAUGAGGUUUUGUCUCACUUAUUAAAGAAAGCCAUGAUCAACAAUACUUAAUUGAUGGAAUUUCCUUUGUUUCUCCUCCCAGUGACAUUCUAUCAUAAAAACAUGUUCAUGCACUCAUUCAAAUUAUUUAGGUCAAUAUCAUUUAUUUUAUAUGCCUAUUUUUUGUUUUGAAAUGUGUUCUAGGCCAUUUUCCUGCAGAACUAUGCACGGAUGACGUAGGAAUUAGUUUAUAUUCUUCAAAGGCAUUUUGCCAUCAUUAAGAAGUAAAUUCUGAGGGAAUGAUCAUCUCUGCUUGUCGACUAAAGUGUUUGGACGUUUGCUGACAAAUUUGGUUAAUGCGCUGUGAGCAAUUUUCUUCUUUCUGUUCCUCUCUGCAGUAUGAACCAGUAUUUUUGGUUCUCUGUAGAAAAAGGCGUUCUUGAAAGGUGCAUUUUCUUUUUUUCCAGUGCCUACAUCUUCUCAGCCAUUCUGAACUCAUCUUGUACGUUUCCUUAUAAUUGAUUAAGUGAAUUUUUUUCUUGCGGGAACUUUUUCUUGAAAGGUUGAUGAGACGGACUACACCCUAGAGGGAUAAUCUCUCAUUGUUUCAAGCAAAUAGAACCUAAUAAUUUAAUGUGGCUCUUAAGUGAACAAUCAGGUUAUAAAACCAUGGAGAGCUCUAUUGUUGGGGAUGUGCCCAAGGAAUUGCGACUAAAUAAUGAAUGAAAUAUUUUGGGUUUCAACUCAAUAAAUAAUAUUUUGAAGUCGUUGACUUAAUGUCAAUCCAACUAUUCAGGAAGUCGCGUCAUAUUACAUUAUUUAUUAUCAAACUCUAUUCAGCAGAAUGUGCCCUUAUUUAUAUAUGCAAUACAUUUUUCCCUGCUCUAUUGUCCUUGUAAAUUGAUGUUGAAAAACUGAUAGCUGAUGAUGUUCUACAUUGGUGAAUGUGUAGCCAUUACAAAAAAAAAAAAACUAGGAAACAUAGUAUUAACAUAUGACAUUGAAAUCUAAGAUUAUUAUUUACGUUUUUUCUUGUGACUUUUCACUGAUGCGAGGCUAACAAACUAGUGCCUAGAAUCCAAAUGUGAGUUUCUGCAUUGAUAAUUAUGGAAAAAAAUGCUCCAUAGAAUCCAGGCUGAACGAUAUUAAGUAAAAAUUUGGAUAUAAUCAUCAUGGUAUCUGCAAAACCGGGGUGAAGUCAAUUAAAUUUUUUCCAGUGACGAUUUUUUAGGAAAUCAUGUUUAAUAUCUAUGUACGUUCUUUCAUCCUUUUAGGUAUUGAGUUUAUUCAUUUUUUGAAAAUAAUUCCAUUAAUUCAUUAAUUCAUUAAUAAGAAUGCAACCAAUGUAUCCAAUGAGCCAUAUGCUCUAUCGUAAAAGUUUAUUGGCUAAAAGUCUCAUUACUACUCUUUGAUAAGCAUAGCUUAAAACGUUUUACAAAGGACAAUUAUCACUGAAAAUCUCCUUGGUGAUUACUUUAUGUGCAUUGAGGCUUAAUUUCCAUGUCUCCAUUCCUCGACCUAAGAUCUCCAAGAAGGAAAAUUUCCAUGAUCAAUGCUCUCAUAUCAAAGAUGUUUUCAUGUGUAACCUGCGUUGUAUGAUACAUGAGACUCAAAAACUGAGUGGUGAUCAUAUGAUACUCCAAAAUAGAUGCAUUUUGUUUUUUUUUUCAAGGAUUUUUUCCAUGCAUAUUUUAACCGGUGAUGUUUUGAUCAUCUGUGGUCUGACACCGACAGUCAUGUUGUUAAUAGUUUCUGCUUCUUUUUGAGCAUGUUGAACUUCAUGAAUUUUUUUCUUUGUUAUUGUCUGCAAUCGUUAGAUCCACAAACGUUUUAUGACCUAGUUUUUUCUUAUAGGUUGUGGGAAACCUGUACAGCCAUCAUCAAAAAUGUGUGUUAGUUGACACACAAGCUUCUGAAAAUACCCGAAAGAUCACUGCUUUUAUGGGCGGUCUUGAUCUUUGUGACGGUCGUUAUGAUACACCAAGGCACAGGCUAUUCAAGGAUCUUAACACUGUCUUUCUUAAUGAUUUCCAUAAUCCCACAUUCUCUGUAAGUGUCUUGUCUGUUUCCAUAAACUUGUGCUUACAAUCUGAAGAUGCUAAGAUCAUAUGAAUGAGAACCUUGUCAAAGCUCGACGUAUUUUUUUAGUGUAGUCGUUUAUUCCUAUCGUUAUGGAGAUUAAAUUAUUCAGGCGCUUUUUACCUAUUGAGAUUUUGACCUUUCACUUCGUUUGAAUCAAAUGAUGGACACAGACCUAAAUUUAAGAAUAGAAAAUCAUUGUUGGGAAUACCUAUUGAAAAUGGUAGAUACGAUUAUCUACGAAUUUUUCUCUACUUAACCUUUUUUUUUCCCGUUUGCCUCCCAUAGCCCUUCCAUAUUUGUUAAGAGGAAAACAAAAGUAAUCAACUAUAUAAUUUUUUACAAUUAAUAGUAUAAUACUAAAACGUAAAAAUUAAUUAGAAGUUAAUAAUAUAUUUUUUCAGUAAAUGAAUGUUGUGUGUUGUAUGUUAAGUCUUAUAACCGAAGUUUCCCAAGAAAUUCGCUCAGUAUAAUUUCAGGAACCUCCUAAAAGUGGAUAUGAUUUCUUAAUUCUACUUUUAUUGAUAAAGGGUGUUCUUUUUUUCCUUUUAUUUUUUCAAAAUAUUCUUGAUGUUCUCCCACAAUUUCCGUGAGGUUCUUGUUCGUAAACGCUUGAUUAAAGGUACCAAUCAGAAACGCAGGAAAAAAAUCAUGUUUAUGGGCUCCAGAUCCCUGGUUGGCAAGGUCAUGAAUAUUCAGAUAAUUCUGUAAACUAAUAUGAUGGGGUAUCAUAUUUAUUAUGGAAUUUUUUUCUUUAUUAUUAUUUCUUUAUAGGGAGAAAAUAAAGGCCCAAGACAACCAUGGCAUGACCUACACUGCAAGAUCGAGGGCCCUGCUGCAUAUGACGUCCUUAAAAACUUUGAGCAGCGUUGGCAAAAGGCAACAAAGUGGUGGAAGCUGAGACAAUAUUUGCGAACAGCAUCUCGUCAUGGAGAGGACGCGUUGUUAGAGCUUGAACGCAUCCCAUGGAUCAUCAGCCCAUCACUUACUGUUCCAGAUGAUCAUCCUAGCCUUAGUGUUUCCAAGGAAAACGACCCUGGAAACUGGCAUAUUCAGGUGUUGCAAGAUUCUACUUAUCCCUGAUUUUUCUCUUCAAUAUAUGAGUUCUGGCUUUUAACUUUCCCCCUUCCUGUUCAGGUGUUCCGGUCCAUUGACUCCGGUUCUGUAAAAGGAUUUCCAAAGACCGUUAGAGAUGCUGAGAAUAAGGUUUGUAAGAAAGAAUUGGAUUAUUGUGACGAUAAAAGUUGCUUUCUGUCACAUGAUAUUCCGCGCAUUUUUAGCUUCGUUGUGUCGAUCCUGUGUUGACGGUUUUUAUUAUUUCAUUAAUAUAUUUGGGUAAUUCAGAUAAAGGUAUUUCUGUAUCUUUUUCUUUUUUUCAUGAAGUGUUAAAUAUCUGAACUGGGUCAUGUAGGCGUUGGUGGUUGCACUAAGAAAAACACCCUUACUACCAUCCACCUUUACAUCUCUCAGACGUAUUUUGUCUCCAUCACAUGAUACCAGGCAAGUUUUCAGAGAGGGAUCAAGCUAGGAGCGCCGAUGAAAGGGAAAUGAUGUUUUGUUUUAUUAAUUCUCAGAGGGGAUCAAGGAUGGGGAUUAUCUCAAAUUUCUGAUGUGGUCUCACUCCUUUCCUUUCCUCGAGCGCCAUCACUAAAUCCCAAGGUCUUAAUUACCUCUUCUGCGUCCUUUUCUGAGAUCACCAUCACCGAACCAUACUAUUCGCGACUCUUUCACUCUCUCUUUCCGUCCUCCGAGCAUCAAUCACUAGAGUCUAUGUUACAACUCUCCUUCCCCCCCCAAAGACACUACCACCAAAUCCAGGAGGAUUUUCGUAAUAGGUUUACUACAACAAAUGGAUUUCUAAUAUUAUUCACCUGUUCAUCAUUUCCUGAUCACGAUAUUAGUAAAUACCAGGUUUUAGAGACUAAGGGCCGCCGAAUUACUUUGGUUCCUUUCGUCAUUCGUGAAAACAAACUGAAAAAGACACUAUUUUCUGAACACACUACAAGCUUCUCGCCCCUGAACUGCUGAUUUGAUCAGAAGGAUUCGAUUGGGAGUUUAAGCAUUUGAUUCUCUUCAAAAACCUAUAAAUACACUAUAAUAAUGAAAAUGUACUCGUUCAUAUUAAUAUUAUGUAUAUACUUCAUUACCUUGCAGUUGUAUCAUUUUAUCUCUUAACACCAUAUCAGGUCCUCGGAACCACCUGAUUUGACCAUCCGAAUGGUUGCCACUGGUUCCUUCGGGAAUCUGAUCCAAUUUAAUUUAACGUGUCCUGUAAUUCGUCAUUCACUUUUCACUUUUGGAGUAAAUUAAUAUUGCCUUUUGAUUUUCUUUUGAGAUCCUAAUCGUUAUUUAUGUUUCCACGCAGAACCUUGUUUGCCAGAAGAACCUGAAAGUCGAUAAGAGCAUACAUACAGCAUACGUCAAGGCAAUCAGAUCAGCAAAACACUUCAUAUACAUUGAAAACCAGUAUUUUAUUGGUUCUUCGUAUGGCUGGCCUUCCAGGAAUCCAGGUUUCCAAAAACUCACGUUUUGUUCUUUCUCUCUGCAAUCUUCAAUUUCAUACGAUCUCCAACAAGAAGAGACGACACCUGAUACCUUGUUAUCUGUAUAAUGUUGUCGUCAAAUAAAAACUCCACGUGAUGUACAAAACACGGCAGCCCUUUUCUGAUAUAUCAUUUGCAGGUGCUGACAACUUGAUUCCGAUGGAGUUAGCACUGAAGAUUGCUAGUAAGAUCAGAGCCAGAGAGAGAUUUGCAGUUUACGUAGUCAUUCCAAUGUGGCCCGAGGGGGUGCCUUCAUCUGCUGCUGUACAAGAAAUUCUAUUUUGGCAGGUACAUUUUCGAAUAAAGUUGAGAUGGCCGAGUUGGUCUAAGGCGCCAGAUUAAGGUUCUGGUCCGAAAGGGCGUGGGUUCAAAUCCCACUCUCAACAACAUUUAAACUUAUGUUUUUCUAUAGCCGAUUUUUAAAAAAAGUGAAGUAGGGUUUGAAUGAAUUCGCCUUUCCUUUCCUUUCAUUUCGAAGAAAAAUAGAAUCAAAGCGUUUCUGUUUUUUUAUUUGUUUCAACAAAGUUUUAAAAAUCCACCCUUUGAUUCUUUUUGUACUAUCAGCAAUCGCCAAAGAUUGGCUUAUGAUCAGUGGCAUCAGCUGGUCUACUACGUGCUUUAAAACUCUCAAUACUAGACCAGGUUAUCGCCUUCUGUACAUGAUCUGCUGAAAGAUGAUUCUCUGCCUAGUAUUUUUAUUUUCACUUCUAUCUCAGAAAUUAUCUAUUAUGAGCUUUAAUUUAAUCUUUAAAUAGAAAAAAAAUGUUUUCUUUUGAAUACAUAUUUUUAAUAGUAAUCCCGGAGAGUUUUUAUAAGAGGUGGACAAAAAGUUACGUUUCCUCGUCUUCCUGUUCCUUUAAUUUUUCUCAAUAUUACCAAGAACGGGAAAGAACACUUCUGACUGAUAACAACAAUGAAAAUUUUUAAAUAUUUAGAAGUUAACAUCUGGUUAAUGCGUUUUCUAAUUUAAACUGACAUCAUAAGAACAGUGAAUUACAUGCGUGAUAGAUGUUAACUUCUAAUUUAAACUGACAUCAUAAGAACAGUGAAUUACAUGCGUGAUAGAUGUUAACUUCUAAUUUAAACUGACAUCAUAAGAACAGUGAAUUACAUGCGUGAUAGAUGUUAACUUCUAAUUUAAACUGACAUCAUAAGAACAGUGAAUUACAUGCGUGAUAGAUGUUAACUUCUAAUUUAAACUGACAUCAUAAGAACAGUGAAUUACAUGCGUGAUAGAUGUUAACUUCUAAUUUAAACUGACAUCAUAAGAACAUUGAAUUACAUGCAUGAUUCUCCCAAUAAAAAUUACAGUUUCAAAAAUCCUGUAUUCCGUGGAGGACUGCACAAACCCAUGCUCAUGUAUGGAACGUACCCAUGAGUUGAGUGUGUGUGCAUCAGUUUCUAUACUUUUGUAGAAGCAUUUCUCAUUUGAUCAAUGGAAGUAUUUUUGUAUUUUCAGUCUCUAGUAUUCAUGUUUAAUGAAGUACUUUUGUUCCCUACUGACCAGCAUAAACCCAUGCCGUGAAGAACAUAUACCUAUGAGUGGGCGUGCCCGUGUGGGAGUAUUCGAUUUUUUGUCUCAAGCAACGAAUGUUGCAUAUCUAUCAAUAGAGCUAUGAUCGCAGUUUUCGCUUUGUACGUUUGAAUAAAUUAGUUCACCAGAGACAGACCUGCCUAUGUCCACUCUUUUGUCUACAACGAUGUGAUGGGUCAUAAUUAUCAACUAUUUCUCUUUACAUCCUUGAAUGUGUUCACUACAGCACUUCUGCGGCAGGCUCAGUAACCUAAUCUAUCUGUGGUCUGAAUAAUGCCAAAUUCUAACCAUUCUUUCAUUCGAUUAUUCCCCAAGCGGAGAUUAUUUUUUAUGAUUAGAUGAAUUUCUGCUGUAUUUUCACAUCAGAUGUAGCCUUUUUUGGCUUUUCUUCUGAUGGUACUUCUCAUCUAUUCAUCUUGCAGAGCCAGACCAUAAAGAUGAUGUAUGGAAUUGUUGCUCAAGCGAUAAAAUCUUCGAACUUGAGCCUUCAUCCGACGGAUUAUUUAAACUUCUAUUGCCUUGGUAAUCGAGAGCCCGUGGAAACAGCGUGGUCUACUAAUCCAACUUCAGAAAGCAGCACUGCGGUACUGUGCUAAGUACUCCCUUUCGAUCUGUUCUGCUUAAUGUUACUAUUAUCAGGUAGAUUUAUUAGGUGUGAUGAUUAUUUAUUACUAAAGUGCCGUCUUAGGUGAAUCAUUUUUCACUUUCGUCCUGAUGCAGAGCUGAAUUGGUAUCCACUUGGUACCAUGGACCUGAGAAAAUAGACAGAUUGGCCUCUAAGUAUAUAAAAGAAAAGCUAUUUCCAGUUAUAGCGAGUCUUGAUACUAAGAUUUCUUUGAUAUAAAACCAUGUAAAAUCGAUUUAUUGAGGCCAAUUUGGGCCUGCGUACAAGAUGAUUUCUUUAUGAUAUUCUUUGAGUCGAAGAGGAUCUCAGAGCUUUCCUUUUCAUUUUGAAAAAGAGUUCAACACCCUCAUGACGAUCAAUGAGAAAUCGUGCUCAUAUCUCAUCUGGCACAGACUAGCAUCUCAAGUUACGCCCACAUUGACACGAAUACCACCCUGCACUUUGAAAGUAUUUGACAAAUACCCUUUAACUCUCUUUUAUUUUUCUAACAAUUUCUAUUUUUCUUUUUGCAUGGUCUCCAUGUUCUGUCCCGUGUUGCUGCCGACUGGUCUACAGAAUCGCUCACUCGUAUGGAUAAAUCAUCAUAUCAUCUUAUUUAACAUUCUCGUUGAGUUUGGCAGGAUGGGAAUUUUCCGAUUCAACUCAUUUUCAUCUGAUUGCUAUUUUUAGGCCUCGGUACAAAGGAAUCGGAGAUUUAUGAUUUAUGUCCAUUCCAAGGGGAUGAUAGUAGAUGAUGAGUACGUGAUCAUCGGGUCUGCGAACAUUAAUCAGAGAUCUCUGGCCGGUUCAAGGGACACGGAGAUAGCCAUGGGCGCUUACCAACCCCAUCACACAUGGUCUGGGAAGAAUAGACAUCCACGUGGCACGGUCAGUGACUUUCCACGAGCACUGGUUUCCUUUCUUCUCAACCAUACUCCAACAUUUCUUCACAGAUAUAGAAUCAAUCUAUGGUGAAAUAAAGAGCUCGCUUCAUUACUACAUGUCCCUAACCCUCGUCCAGUUACUUCAUCCUCUAUACUUUCUAAGAAUAGCAUCAAUUCUGCGAAUGGAAGCCAAGACCUAGCUGUUCAACCUGACGGAAACUAGCUACCAUCAUCUUCUUUCCUUCUCUACAGUCAUUAGCUUUGAAUUCCCCAAGCGAAUAUUCCUCUCUCUCUCUCUCUCUCUCUCUAGAUAUACAUAUAGAUACUCAAAAGUACUGAUGCAUACAUUCAUUCAUAUAUAUAUAUAUAUAUAUAUAUAUAAUGUGAUUAUUUAUUGUGUGAGAAAACUGCCCUUGCAGGUUUAUGGAUACAGGAUGUCUCUGUGGGCUGAACAUCUGGGCCUAGUAAAUCCCAUCCUGGAGGAGCCCCACACUGUAGAGUGCGUCAGAAGUGUGAACUCCAUAGCUGACGGCAACUGGAAAAGAUUUACCUCCGAGAAGAUGACCUCUCUGCAGGGGCAUCUUCUCAAGUACCCGAUCAGCGUCGGCGCUGAUGGGAAGGUGGGGUGUUUGCCAGGUCAGGAGGAGUUCCCUGACGUCGGCGGCAAGAUCUUAGGUUCGGAUACUCCUCUUCCUGAUGCAUUAACAAUGUAA